UGGACCGCGGCAGGCGGGGCGCGCCUUCCGGAGCGUGGCUGGCGGGGCCCGGCGGGCGGGGCCGGGAAAGGGGCCGUUACUUUCCCAGAGUGGCGGGGAGGGCGACGUCAGGCGGAAGGGCGCGGGACUCGCACGCUUUAAAUGGCAUUCGCUGUCAUCCGAGCUCGCAGUCGUGUGGGCAGAGGCGGGCUAUAUAAGCGACGAGGCGGGCCGCCGCGAGGCACACGGCGACAGCGACAGCAGCUGCAGGGAGCUUCCAGGAGCGCCGCGGAGUAGCGCAGCACAAUCCCGCGUCCCCCGACGGGCCCGCCCGCCCGCCAUCCCUCCACGACAGCGCCGGCUCGGGCCAGCGAGGCCCGCCGCCACCCCGCAGCAGAUUUGGAUCCCCCGCCCGGAGAGCCUCAGGCUGCCGCCUCCCGGGGGACCCCGGAGUCGCGGCCGCCCCCGGAGAGCCCGGGCGCCCCGCCGCCCCCCGGCCCCGCAGCCACCGACGGCGCCAUGGCAGCCGCCAAGCCUGGCGAGCUCAUGGGCAUCUGCUCCAACUACCAGGCGGUGAUGCCGCACUUCGUGUGCCUGGCCGAUGAGUUCCCGCAGCCCGUGCGGCCCGCCAAGCUGCCCAAGGGCAAGGGCCGGCUGCGGCGGCCGCGCCAGUCCCGCUUCAAGACGCAGCCGGUGACCUUCGACGAGAUCCAGGAGGUGGAGGAGGAGGGGGUGUCCCCGAUGGAGGAGGAGAAGGCCAAGAAGUCGUUCCUGCAGAGCUUGGAGUGCCUGCGCCGCAGCACGCAGAGCCUGUCGCUGCAGAGGGAGCCUCUCGGCAGCUGCAAACUGAGGAACAGCCUGGACUCCAGCGACUCCGACUCGGCCCUGUGAGGCAGCAGCCGAUUUGGGGACUCGCUCCGCCACCACGCGCCAGAGAGCAGCGGGCGCACCCGGAGGGGACCCGCACCCCGAGGCGGCCCGGACCAUCGGGGAUCUGCACUCCUCGCUCGUUCUGACUCCUGCCCGGCCGAGGACACGCCGGAGCCCCGGAGCCCGUUCGGGGACGCCAGGGAGGGGAGUCGCUUUCUUUGCCCUUGUAAAUGUUUAUUUUUUAACUCUUCCCCAGUAAGAACUCUGCUGUGAGUGUGCGCGGGAGGCGGCCCGCGCUGCGUCGGCUCGCCGCGACCCUGGGGUCGCCGCUGCAAAGCCUUUGGUUUGCAACUCCGAUUUUGCACACCGCUCCACUGUGCCCCACCCCAGCGCACAUCCGUUCACACUCACGCGACACUCUUCGCUGAACACUUUUUAUAAUUGUUGGGCUGGCAGAGGGGACUUGGGGCGCAGCGCGCCUGCUGCUGCAGCCGAAGGAUUGAUAUUUAUUUUUGCAUUGCAAUAGCUGAAGGCGUUUUAUUUAACGGUCUUUUUACUUGGAUGUUGUCUGUGAGGCGUCCGAAUGGACACAAAUAAAGUCAAUAUAUUUACACAGUG